AUGGCUCCAAGAGUUCUCACAGGAUUAAUCUGUUCUUUGUUUUCUGUCUUUCUCUCCCCUUCAUGCCUAAAACUAGAAGUGGAACAAAAAGUUUUCCUGUGCCCAGGGCUUCUGCGUAGGGUAUACCAGAGCGAGCACCUCUUCGAAUCGGACCACCAGUCUGGGGCCUGGUGCAAAGAUCCUCUCCAGGCCUCGGAUAAGAUAUAUUACAUGCCUUGGACACCGUAUCGUACGGACACCUUGACUGAAUACUCAUCGAAGGAGGACUUUAUCGCUGGGAGGCCAACAACAACCUACAAACUGCCACAUCGUGUCGAUGGAACAGGCUUUGUGGUCUACGACGGUGCUUUGUUUUUCAAUAAGGAACGCACACGCAACAUUGUCAAGUUUGACCUGCGAACUCGCAUCAAGAGUGGUGAGGCUAUUAUAGCUAAUGCCAACUAUCAUGACACAUCUCCAUACCGCUGGGGAGGAAAAUCAGACAUCGACUUGGCUGUGGAUGAAAAUGGACUUUGGGUGAUUUAUGCCACUGAGCAAAACAACGGGCGGAUUGUCAUCAGCCAACUCAAUCCCUACACACUACGGGUUGAAGGGACCUGGGACACAGCUUAUGACAAGCGUUCAGCUUCCAAUGCUUUCAUGAUUUGUGGGAUCCUGUAUGUGGUUAAGUCAGUCUAUGAGGAUGAUGACAACGAAGCAACAGGAAACAAGAUCGACUACAUCUACAACACAGAAUUAAGUAAAGAUGGAUUUCUGGACAUCCCUUUCCCUAACUCUUAUCAGUACAUUGCCGCUGUGGAUUAUAAUCCCAGGGACAACCUGCUGUAUGUCUGGAACAACUACCAUGUUGUCAAGUAUUCUCUGGAUUUUGGAGCAUUAGACAACAGACUCGCAGUAUGGAAGUUAAAAGCUGGAGAAACGGCUGCAGUCAUUGCCAGAGAGUUGGCAGAGCAAACCAAGAGUAACCUUCAGGCAGGUGACAUCACCUACACUGUGAAGGCAAUGAUACAGUUGGUGGAUCUGCUGGAUGUGCAGCUGAGGAACCUCACACCAGGUGGAAAGGACAGCGCAGCUCGGAGCCUCAACAAGCUGCAGAAGAGAGAGCGCUCAUGUCGAUUUUACGUUCAGGCCAUGGUGGAGACGGUCAACAACUUGCUGCAGCCGAAGGCCCAGGCGGCGUGGAGGGAGCUGAGCACCAGCGAGCAGCUGAGAGCCGCCACCAUGCUGCUGGACACGGUGGAGCAGGGGGCCUUCGUUCUGGCUGACAACCUGCUAAAAACCGACAUCGUGCAAGAGAACACUGACAACAUCCAGCUGGAGGUGGCGAGGAUGAGCACAGAUGGAAAUCUGCCUGAUCUGAAGUUCCCACAAAGUGGAGGCCAAGGCAACUCCAUCCACCUGUCCGCUAACACACUGAAGCAGCACGGGAGGAACGGUGAAAUUCGAAUAGCAUUCGUCCUCUACAAACACAUCGGUGGGUACCUUUCAACAGAAAACGCCAGCAUGAAGUUGGGCAGCGAAGCCUUGGCGACCAACUACUCGGUCAUCGUCAACUCACCGCUGAUCACAGCCGCCAUCAACAAGGACGCUAACAAAGUCUAUCUCUCCGACCCGGUCAUUUUUACCAUCAGACACCUGCAGCAAUCUGAGGAAAACUUCAACCCCAACUGUUCGUUCUGGAGUUACUCCAAGCGAACCAUGACCGGUUACUGGUCGACCCAGGACUGCCGUUUGCUGAGCACCAACCGAACACACACCACAUGCUCCUGCACCCACCUCACCAACUUUGCCGUCCUAAUGGCCCACGUGGAUGUCAAGAAUUCGGACCCUGUUCACGACAUGCUCUUGGACGUCAUCACCUGGGUCGGCAUCCUGCUUUCUCUGGUGUGUCUGCUCAUCAGCCUCUUCACCUUCUGCUUCUUCCGUGGCCUCCAGAGUGAUCGCAACACCAUCCACAAAAACCUGUGCAUCAGUCUGUUCAUUGCCGAGUCCCUCUUCCUGGUGGGGAUCAAUCGGGGCGACCAGCCGAUCGCUUGUGCCGUUUUUGCCGCUUUGCUCCACUUCUUUUUCCUGGCGGCGUUCACCUGGAUGUUCCUGGAGGGUGUGCAGCUCUACAUCAUGCUGGUGGAGGUGUUUGAGAGCGAGCACUCGCGCCGGCGCUACUUCUACCUGGUGGGCUACGGAGUUCCCGCGCUGAUUGUGGCCGUCUCCGCCGCCGUGGACUACCGCAGUUAUGGAACAGAUCGAAUUUGCUGGCUUCGCCUGGACACCUACUUCAUCUGGAGUUUCAUAGGACCAGCAACCUUGAUAAUUAUGCUCAACGUGAUCUUCCUGGGCAUCGCGCUCUACAAGAUGUUCCAUCACACGGCCAUUCUGAAGCCGGACUCCGGUUGCCUGGACAACAUCAAGUCAUGGGUCAUUGGGGCCAUUGCCUUGCUUUGCCUCCUCGGGCUGACCUGGGCCUUUGGUCUGAUGUACGUUAAUGAGAGCACUGUGGUCAUGGCUUACCUCUUCACCAUCUUCAACUCCCUACAGGGAAUGUUUAUCUUCAUCUUCCACUGUGUGCUGCAAAAGAAGGUGCGUAAAGAGUACGGGAAGUGUCUGCGCACUCACUGCUGCAGCGGGAAAAGUGUCGACAGCUCCAUCGGCUCCGUGAAGGGCACGGUCUCUCGAGCUCCGGGACGUUAUUCUUCAGGGUCACAGAGCCGCAUCCGCCGAAUGUGGAACGACACAGUCAGAAAACAGUCUGAGUCCUCCUUCAUGACUGGCGACGUCAACAGCUCGGCGUCGCUCAACAGAGAGGGAAUCCUGAACAAUGCCCGGGAUACAAGUGUCAUGGAUACUCUACCACUGAAUGGUAACCAUGGGAACAGCUACAGCAUUGCCAGCGCUGACUAUAUGAGUGACUGUGUCCAGAUCAUCGAUCGGGGCUACAACCACAAGGAGACCACACUGGAAAAGAAAAUCCUGAAAGAGCUCACCUCCAACUACAUCCCCUCUUACCUCAACAACUCCCACGAGCACUGCAAUGAGCAGAACCGCAACCUCAUGAAUAAGCUCGUCAACAACGUUAGUAACGGCGGCAAGGAUAACUGCUACGGGAUGGGCUUAGGAGUGGGGAUAGGGAUGAAUGUUGCGCUGAACCUUGAUGACCACUCUACCUUUGGUCCGCAUCACGAUGAAGGUUUGGGUCUCGAGCUGAUACGCGAGGAGUCCAACGCACCACUGUUGCCACAAAGGCCACUACCAUCCCUGCAGGCAAUGGACAACCUCCACAACCACCUCCACCAGUCCAUGCCGCCGCCACUUCCGCUGACCCACCAUCCCUUCUCCUCAGGCUCUACCUCCUCGUCUUCUCAAAGGAGGAUCCCCCAGGAGAACAGCGAGAGUUUCUUUCCCUUACUGAACAACGAGCCCACCGAGGAUGAGGGCUCUUCGCCGAGCCACAGCCACCAGAGAGACUCCCUCUACAACAGCAUGCCCAUGUUGCCCGGUCUGCCCGAAGUGUCCGCGCAAUCUGCCGACAGCUCCAAGGAGGGCGGCGACAGCAAGAGCCCGGAGGCCAGCUCGGAUGACAUUUACUACAAGAGCAUGCCCAACCUGGGCUCACGGAACCACCUUCAUCAGCUGCACUCCUACUACCACAUGGGGCGGGGCAGCAGCGAUGGCUUCAUUGCACCCCUCAACAGAGAGGAUUUAGCUUCAGAAGAGGUCCACCAGGAUCCCUCACACCUGGUCACCAGCCUAUAGACCUGACCUGGCACCCCCUUCACGACCCAACUUUGUUCCUCUAGUCCGCGUAACCUUGCUCCAUCCUUCGUCGGCAGUGGUAGCCUUUGUUUUUAACGUGUCCCAAAGACCGAGGCUGGUUUCGGCCACAAACUGGAUCAAUAUUUCCAAUAAAACGGGGCUAAUGUGACUAUAUUUGGUUAGACAUUCCAAGAUGUUGA